GGUGUUUGAUUAAAGCAUCUUCACCAAGCGAUCACAGAGAUGAUGAGAUAUAAAACAGUGAUAAGAUUCCUCUUUAGCGCUGGGAUCUUUUUUCAAGCCUGCGAAUCAGACGUGAGUUGCAGGAAUGACGAUGGAAACGAGGUCGACUGGUACAUCUUAUACAAGUUGCCAAACAUGAACGACGGUGGUCUGUCUUAUCUGUACAUGGAUGAGAGCAGCAAUGGUUGGAGACGCAGCAAAGAGAAUAUCAACAGCAACUCUGGCACCCUGGCCCACACCCUGAAACCUCUUCUCGACUUCUACGACAAAAAGACGGCAGGAUUUGGAUAUCUGCUCUAUAACGAUCAGCCUUCGGAACUAAAGCCAGCUCCUGCAUCAUUUGGACACAGUAAAGGAGUCGUAAUGUUGGGCGACCGAACUGGAGUCUGGCUCUCACACAGCACACCAAAAUUUCCAACAUAUCAGAAUAAAGACUUCUGGCCUCAAAGUGGAAACGCUAAUGCUCAAACAUUUAUAUGUGUCACUUACUCCUAUGCUUCAUUCAAACAAAUAGGAAUGCAGCUCCAAUACAUCCAUGCCUUUUCAUACGACUCUAGCAUAACCAAAACCUUUCCACUUGAGCUGCGCUGUGUGGCACUGAGAACCUGCUAUCCAAAGACGACGCCCUGGUUUAGACUAAUGACGCUGACUUCGGUGAAAGGACAGAGGUUCAGCAGCUUUGCAAAAUACACACGAUUUGGGGAUGAUAUUUACUCUGGCCUUAUUGUAAACGUUGUGAAGCAGGCUCUGUACGUUAAGAGCUGGGGAAAGAUGCGUCGCCCUCUGCCUUCUAACUGCAGCAUCCCUCACCAUGUGUACAAUGUGAAGAAGGUACAAGUUCCCGGCACGCAGCCCUUCAGCGACACUGUCGAUCACUCCAAGUGGAGCGUGACUGCUGACCGUGGCUGGACCUGCAUCGCCGACAUGAACAGGGAGGUCAGUCAGAUGGGCAGAGGUGGAGGAGCCAUAUGCAUCAAUGAUGCUGUGAUCGGUAAAGCUUUCUAUUCACUGAUCAGGGAGACAGAGCAAUGUGGCACUGAACAUGCUGGUGUUCCUCAAAAAGAGCUUUAAGGGCACAACCCCAUGCAAUUUUUAUUUUUCAAAGACAGAAAACUGAGGUGACUUAUCCAGUUAUUUGUUUUGUUUUUCUGUAUAAAUUUUUAGUGUGGUUUAUUUCUUCAAA